AGGCAUGAGGCUGAGAUACAACAUGUAUUAGAGAAGCACAAACAAGAACUCCUUGAGUUUAAAGACAAGAAGAUUGACCACACCAUAAGUGAACAAACCAUUACCAGUGCUACUCAGCAGGUCGAUCCAAGGACAAGGUCUAUAUCUUCCAGGAAUUUAAAUGAACUAUCAAGUAAUAUUGACUCCCAGGAGCAAUCCCGGGACAUUAAAGGAGGUGCUAAAGGUGGCGCCACUGAGCCACCAACAUUAUUACAACAACCAGUCACUUCAAACCUCCCUGCCCCCAAACCUGUAAAUACAGCCCAGGCUUCGCUACCUGGGAAUCAAAAUGGUGCCCCUGUCCCUUAUCACGAGAACAGUGGUAGUAUAAUGCACACUGGACAGGCUGGAAAUGAACAAAGACCAGGACAAGAUCUUGAUUCAAAUGCUCAGUUAAACUACCAUGGCGUGGAUAUGCCUCAUAAUGGUGAACAUUUAGUGAAGCGGACUCAUAGCUUAAAGAGUGACCAUAAUGGUAAACCGAUAGUAGAGCAUCAUCAGAUGUCUAAUACCGUCACCCCCCAGACAUCACCCAAGCCGCAGAGGAAGCUAUCAAUGGGGGCUAGCGUCAAUCAGGUAUUUAACCCGCUUCAACACCAGCAAAGCCAACUACAGCACCAGCCUGGUUUCCAGCCUUAUAACCCAUAUCAUACCAUAUCAAUGGGUCAGCUUCCCAGUAACCAACCACAUGGUAUGUCUGUACAUGGGUAUUUCUCCCAUAGUAAUCAACCCCUACAUAGUGCUCCACCAGCUAGUAUAUCAAAUCAGUUUUCCCAAGCCUUGCCUCCAGGCUACAACCAGUUCAUGCCCUUCAUGCUCCCGCCACGUAUGCAAGGUAGCACAAGUGGCCUAAACAUGCUUCCUGGUGGAAAUAUGCCAAUGCCAAGUGGGAAUGUGCCAAUGCCUAGCAGUAGCAUGCAAAUGCCAAGUGGAAACAUGCAGUUGCCAGGUGGAAGUAUGCAGUUACCACUUCAAGGCCAGCCAUGGAUGAACAUGCAGCAACAAUUUCCGUUCAUGCCUCAGUUAGCAGCUUCACAGCAGUCUUUGCAGCAGCCGAUAAACUCAACAGGCAUCCCACAACAGCCUAUGAACACUGGAAAUAUCCCUCAACAACCCAUGAACACUGGAAAUAUCCCACAACAGCCUAUGAACACUGGAAAUAUCCCACAACAGCCUAUGAACACUGGAAAUAUCCCACAACAGCCUAUGAACACUGGAAAUAUCCCACAACAGCCUAUGAACACUGGAAAUAUCCCACAACAGCCUAUGAACACUGGAAAUAUCCCACAACAGCCUAUGAACACUGGAAAUAUCCCACAACAACCUAUGAACACUGGAAAUAUCCCCCAACAACCAUUGAAUCCAGGAAAUAUCCCAAAACAACCGCUGAACACUGGAAAUAUUCCCCAACAAGCAUUAAACACUGGAAAUAUUCAGCAACAAUCUGUGAAUGGUACAUUGCCUCAUCAGCAAGUACAACAAGCACAGCAGCAACAAGUACAGCAGCAACAACAACAAGUACAGCAGCAACAACAACAAGUACAGCAGCAACAACAACAAGUACAGCAGCAACAACAAGUACAACAGCAGCCUAUAUCAGGACAAUUAACUUCAUCAGUCCAUAUACAAGACACCUAGUAGCACAAAUAUAUCUUAAUCAAUUCAGAUUUGUAGAUGAAAAUACUUAAUGACUUAUGACAGUAUACAUAUAAAUGAUUGUAUUUAGCCUGUUCAUAUUUUGCCGAUAAGAUAUUUAUUCCAAUUUAAACUUCAAAAAAUGUUUUUCAAAGUCAUACAUAUUCGUAUUGAUCAAUAGUAAAAGAGACUUCAAAAUGGUAUAAUCAUCACUGACUAAAAGACAGAUUUGUAUGAUAUUUGUUUUGCAAUGCACAGUAAUAGCAGAUAAACACUUGAUAUUUGAUUUAACAGAGGCAAGUCUUGAACCUUAACACAGAGGGGGAGGGGGUGUAGUUGAAUCCUUAUUCAUAGUGUAAUGUUAAGAUGGGGCUAUUUGUUCCAAGGAGCUGACCCAUUGAUAUGGUAUGACAUGGGGACUAUACGACUAGUCAAAGAUGUUUUGUAUUAGGGAAACAUUUUUUUGGAAAAGCUACAUUUGUGUAUGUUGAUGGUAGUGUAACUGAAGUUAAGAGUAUUUUUGUACAAGUAUCUUCUAGUGGACACCUGUCAACCUCUUGUGACAGGAUUUUAAUAAUCAAAAAUUUCCAAAAUUGUGAAACUUUUUCAAAAUUAUACAUAUUUUUUAUUUCUGCAGGUGUUGAAUUUGGUCUACUAGUUUCAAAAUUCAUGUUGACAUAUAUAGUUUAAUACCAUUUAUAGUAAUAGAAGUUCUUUGAUCUUGGGUUAAAAAUAUUUUUUGAGGUUGAAAGGUCUGCAGUGGAAGAAACUGCCUUGUGUAAUAUGAAAACUUAGCUAAAUUAGACAAACUUUAACUAUUCCUUGCUAAUCAGUAUUUGUGCUAUUGGGCUGUGCAUCGGAAGAGUUAAACUCAUAGGAAUGUUAUGAACAGUCUAACACACAGCCCCAGAAAUGCCUCAAACUGAGGUGGACUCCAUUCAUUUAUAUAUGCCAGUUGGCCAUAUUCUUUGGGCUGUGAGUUGGACUGAUCAAAAAAUCGGGACAAACUUGGGAGAUUAAGAGUAUGGCUUCAAAUGGAAGUGUUUCAUAGUGGUAUUAUCGCUUGUGUGUAGUCUUGUAUAUUGAUUGAUUGAUGAUUGAUGAAUGCAUGCUAGCAGACUUGCAAUAUUUUCAACCAAUUACAUGUGAUAAUACUGAUCUGCUCUGAAUGCCAUUUCAAUCCAUGCUCGUAUAUUGUGUUAGCUUGAAAUGAAAGUACAAUCCGAGGAUUGCAUUAAAUUGCUUAAUCAAUGUCUGAGUUUUCCUCAAUAUCUUGGUGCCAGCCCAAAUAUAGCAAAUGUAUCUAGUAAAGGUACACAUAUUGUACAUGUAUUGUUGUAUAUAGAAUUAAGCUAUUUAUAUAUUCUGUACAAGGAAAGGUAUUAUAAAAUGAUAACAUGCCAAAAGAAAUUGUGAAAUGAAUGUGGAAUGUUGAUGGAUUGACUUUGUGUGAAACAUCUUUCUUUAUUGGAGUGUCAAAACAGCUCUUUUCACAUUAUAGUGUAUUAACAGCUCUUUUCACAUGAACAUUGCAGCUCAUUUUUCUAUCUAAUACAAUUGUGAUGGUGGUAGUGAGAUUUCAAUUUUUUAAUUCUGAUAGCUGAAAGUGUACUUGAUUUCCAGAAUAUUCCAUGCUGUUUAUCAAAGAAUUUUAUAAACUUGUCAAACACAUCUCUUAACCUGAAUAGUAGUCUAGUAUUAACCCCCUGUAUUUUUCUAUUGGUCAGCUGAAGUCCUUCUUGUUUUCUUUAAAUAUAAUUCAAAAUGAGCUUGAUAGAAUGCAAUAGUAUUUUGUGAAUUUCAAAGACUCUGAGUGAUAUUAAAAGUAUUUCCAAUACAGUAUAAUAGUCAGUCAAAAGUUAAUAAUGUUGAAUUUUGAAACAUUGGAUCAGUUUCUGUAUUUUGGUAUAUGAGUCAAGGUCAAUCUUUAUAUUUCCAGCUCAUAAUUGAUUUCACCUCAGAUUGAAACUAUCCCUCCCUCUAAAAUUGAAUUUAGGAUUUGUUGAUUUUCAUCAAAUUAAAAGUAAUUUUUAGCUCACAUGGUGAGCUUUUGCAAUCGCUCACUUGUCCGUCUGUCUGUCCGUCCGUCUGUCUGUCUGUCUGUCUGUCCGUCAACAAUAGUGGCACGUUUUAAAACCUCUGUCGAUAGGAUUCCUGUUAGAAAACUCCCCUAUGACUCCUGGUUCAAAAGCUCGCCUAUUUUCAAAAUGGCCGCCAUUUUUGUCUCGCGAAAUUCACUUUUGACUGGCACGUUUUAAAACCUCUGUCGAUAGGAUUCCUGUUUUAAGUUAUUUCUGUUCAACAUCAAUACAGAAAACUCCCCUAUGACUCCUGGUUCAAAAGCUCGCCUAUUUCCAAAAUGGCCGCCAUUUUUGUCUUGCGAAAUUCACUUUUGACCCAUUUCCUAGCUUUACAAAUAAUUUCAGGUGUCCUACAUUGUAAAAAUCUGUGUCAAUAUAAAGAGUAGAUAUAUGAAAUAAUUUUGUUACAUAAAAUCAGCGAAAAAUUAUAUCUAUUUUUUUAUUUUCAGCCAUUUUAGUUAACAUUGAUUUGUCCAUCUGGCUUGUGAAAUCCACUUUUCCGUCAACAACAGUGGCACGUUUUAAAACCUCUGUCGAUAGGAUUCCUGUUUUAGGUUAUUUCUGUCAACAUCAAUACAGAAAACUCCCCUAGGACUCCUGGCUCAAAAGCUCGCCUAUUUUCAAAAUGGCCGCCAUUUUUGUCUCGCGAAAUUCACUUUUGACCUAUUUCCUAGCUUUACAAAUAAUUUCAAGUGUCCUACAUUGUAAAAAUCCAUGUCAAUGUAAAGAGUAGAUGUAUGAAAUAAUUUUGUUACGAAAAAUCAGCAAAAAAUUAUAUCCAUUUUUUUUUAUUUUCAGCCAUUUUAGUUAACAUUGAUUUGUCCAUCUGUCUCGCAAAAUCCACUUUUGGACCAUUUGCCUUAAACCCUCUGUCGAUAGGAUUCCUGUUUUUAGUUAAUUUUGUUCAACAUCAAUACAAAAAAAUCUCCUAUGACUCUUGGUUCAAAAGCUCGCCUAUUUUCAAAAUGGUCACCAUUCUUGUCUCGCGAAAUUCACUUUUGGCCCAUUUCCUAGCUUUACAAAUAAUUCCAGCUGUCUUGCAUUGUAAAAAGCCAUGUCACUGUGAAGAGUAGUUGUAUGAAAUAAUUUUGUUACAAAAAAUCGGCAAAAUAUUAUAUCAGUUUUUUUUAUUUUCAGC